AGGACAAAACAUACACAUCACAUACAAUCUAAUCAAAAUGUCCGGUAUAUUAUUUGAAGAUAUGUUUAUUGUGGAUUCCACAGACGCAGCAAGAUACAACAAAGUCUGUAGAAUAACAGGUCACUCAUCUACAUCUCAAGACAUCAAAAUCACCUUAGAUAUAAAUAGUGAAUUAUUCCCUGUCAAGACCAAGGACUCUUUAACCAUCACCUUGGCUUCAUCUUUGGGUAAUGAAUCUUCCAUGUUGACUUCCAAUGGUUCUUGGAGACCACCAAAGGCUGAUGACAGAUCCUUGGCUGAUGAUUAUGAUUAUGUUAUGUACGGAACUGUUUAUAAAUUCGAAGAAAACGCCGACAGCGACAAGAUGUCAGUUUACAUUUCAUUCGGUGGGUUAUUGAUGCGUUUAGAAGGUGGUUACCGUUCAUUGUCCAACUUGAAACAAGAAAACGCAUAUAUUUUGAUUCGUCAUUAUAAGGACAACUAAGGGAUUCGGUCUAGCAUACAACUAGAGUCUCCUUGUGGGCAUCUUAUAUUUUAUGUACUAUAUAUUUUAUCCAUAAUAGAGGAUCAUUUAAUUUUCAGUGUGUCAAGUAAACUUAAACUUACUGCUAGCGUACUUAUUUUUUCUACAGUGGUAAAUUGCGAUCACAAAGGAAAAGUGUUCUAGUUCUUUCCCACUAACCAUGGACGAUACAGAUAAACGUAUGUAUGGAAAUGUAUAAUCACUUGCUAUAUGCCUGAUACUAAUCUAAUCCAGCUGAUCCGAUUUUAAAACAGAUUCCAUUGAUAAAGAAUCCGUCAUAUCAACCACCAAAACCAAUAACCCUAAAUACUAAUUAUAACAAACUAAUACCUUCACUUUCCAAUACUGUGAUACCACCCAAGCUUAACGUUGGUGAAACUGAAAUAAAUGCGUGGCUAAAGGAGAUCUGUGCAAUUGAAUCAAGAUUAAACGAUAACAUAACCAACGAUAAGAAUGUACACCAAUUUCAAGAAUGGUCACAUCAACAAACUAUAAAGGUGGCCCCUGGCUUUGAAUACGCUACGGUGAUGCAACCUCAUAAAGUGGGAACUCCGACUCCUGCAAAGGAAGAGCAGCAGGAAACACCUAUUGAUGACAAUGUUAAUGAAUUAGAUAAAGUAUUCGGCAAAUCUUUGAAUAUAUAGAAUGUGUUAGUUUGCCCCUGGUGCAAACUUUCCUUUUACAUUACUUAAUUUCUUUAGUAAUUCUUGUUUCACUUCUUCAUUCAAUGCUUUUUCCAGAUCAAAUGCUGUUGGUUUGUUUUGCAAUCCUCUUUGGUGAAGUUCUAGCAAGGACGGUUGUGAUUGUGAGCUCGAAUUAGUAGUGGUUGUCUGGGAGACAGUUGUCUUUUUCUCUUCCCGUACAAGAAUGGGCCCGAUAAAGUCAUCCAAGUCAGAAUCUUCGUUAGUCGGGUCCACAACGUCACCUUCACUUCUCUUAUUCUUUUCUCUCUGUCUUUUCUCGCGUAGUUCUUUAGGUAUGGUUGGUCCAAACAUGUUGUUUCAGAAA